AUGGCAGGUGUUGUUGGACCGGCGGCCGACGGGUCCGCGCUCCUCCUCGUCGACGUGGGCAGCCUCCGUGGGCAUGAGCUCCAGAAGGAGGUCAGCCUCCUCCUCCUGCCGCAGGUCGACUGGUCCGCGGACUUUGCCGCGACCUUCGACGACGCCAAGGACCUUCUCGUCGCACCGCUCCAGUUCAUCUCGGGCAACGUGCCUGUCCCGGCCGACCGGACGCUACUCCAGAAGGGCUCGAUCUCUGUGCGAUCGGAGGCCAGCGCGUCGCCGUCGACCGUGCCGGUCAUCCCGGCCAUCCAGCAGCAAAUCAUCGAGAUGGCGGACGAGUUGCAUCUCUCGGAGGUGUCGUGCUUGAAGUACUGGAUCCUCGCGAGCGAGCCGGACAACCGCGCACUCGUGACGCACCGCAACCGCCUUCCGCCGUCGCUUUUGCGCGACAACGUGCCCCGCGCCGCGCGCGAGUUUCUCUUGACCGAGACCAACGCCGUAUUGACAGCGCUCUUUGAGCUCCUCCGCGCCCGUCUCGAGCCGACGAUUUCGGCGCAAAAGAAGGAUGCGAUCCUCGACUACACGAACCGCCUCUUGCAGCAGGACCUGCUCGGCCACCUCUGUCGCGCGCUCACCGACACCAUCCCGACGCUUCUCAAGAACAAGACAAUGCACGCAAUGGCCAUGGUGUGGCAAAAGACGAUCGCCGAAUGCAUUUUUCUCAUUGCGUCCAGCACGCUCCUGCUGCCGUCCGAGCUCAAGGCGCUCGUGUCGCUCUGCCAAGCCAUUGGAUCGCGCGUGCAGGCGACGAGCGGAAGCGUCACGACCGCGCUCCAAGGCGCGCUCGGUCUCUCGACCGAGGAGAGUCCGUACGACGUCAAGGAGGUCGCUUGUCAAUUGCACUCGCUCAGCUACGCGCACGCAGCGCUCGCGUCGACGCUGCAGACGUCAUCCCUCCGUGUGCACCGGUCGUCGGGCGAGGCCGUGAGUCCGUCGCUCGCGUGGACGUCAGAUGUCGGCGUCGCCACCGAGAUCCUCCAGCUGCUCAAGGCGCCCUCGACGUGCAAGUUUCACGGUGUGCUCUUCCUCCUCGGCGCUGUCGGGUUUGCGCAGCACAUGGCCAAGCUCACGUUUGUCAGCGAGAGCGAUGUUACGCUCUUGCACGACGCUGGGCUCAAGCACAACGGGCUCACGCUGCUCGUGCAGCUGCUCUUUCCAUUUGCCCCCGAAGGGUCGACGCUCCUCGCCAUGUACGAAGGCGCGUUCGAAGACUUCUUCUCGGCCUACGUGAGCCUCCUCUUCCCGAUGCACAAGAACGGUUCGUUGCUGCCGACAUCGACGCCGACGACGACGCUCCCGAUUCUCAACGCGGCGCUCUCGGCCCCCGAUACGCUCACGCAGCUGCUCGAGCUCGGCAUUGCGCUCAGCCAGCUCCACCCGACGUUUGCGAGCACGUUCUGGAGCGCGCACCAGUCGUUUCUGACGGCGUCGGCGACCUUGUCGCAGGCGACGAACGCGUCGCGCCUCGCGUACAUGAAGCUCCUCUCGUCGUGUGCCCCGGGGUGCCCGGAGCUCGCGUACAAGCACAUCAAGGAGAGCCCGCCGCCAGUGACGUGGAAGCACUUUUUUGCGGCCAUUGACAAUUACCGGCGCGUGCUGUCGCAUGAACCGACGUUGCCGGGGUCGGCGCCGACCACGACGUCGUCGUCGUCGACGGUGGGCCACCGCUUCCAAGUGGCCGAGGUCGAAGCGCUCGAUGCGAUGCUGCAGAUCUUCCAGUCGGUGCUCGGGAACCGCGCGAUCGUCCAUUUCUUCCUCGACUGGCCCGACAGCAAUGUGCUUUUGCUCUUUCUGAGCUUCUUGCGCUGCUCGAUCCCGUCGUCGCUCAAGGGCGCGGUCAUGCAGACACUGUCGCGCUUUGUGAUCUCGGCGCCACUCGCGCAGCUGCUGUGGCAGCACCUCGAGGCCGCGCAGAUCCUCACGACGACGUCGAGCGUCGCCAACACGGGCAUUCAGUUUGAGCUCGAGCAGAUCGAGUCGAUGCAGCGCACGUACCCGGCGACGAACGGCUUUGUGGCGCUGCUCCGACCGCUCUUUGAGUUUGAGUUUCCGGACGAAUGCGGGUCGAGCUACCGUGUGAGCGGCAACCGCCCGUACUUUGACUUUGUGAUUGAGCACGUUUUUCUCAAAAUGACGACGCGCGAAUUCGACAACGCGCUUGACAAGUGGACGCUCCUCGAGAACGUUCUCGGCCUCUUCCACGACGUGCUCCAGCGCUACGAGCCGGCACCGGGCGAUUUCGUCGACGAGUACGUCGUCUUGAACAUGACCAACGGCUCGACGCAGGUGCUCAAGCCCAAGGCCAGCGGCUUCCACCUGCUCUCCAAGCUGCUCACAGACAGCAACGUGUUGCGGAUGCUGCUCGGCCUGCUUCCGUCGGUCGACGAGCUCGAGAGCGCGUACGAAGCCCAGCACACGGCCUACACGAGCGACCUCUGCCUCCAGCUUGUGCAGCCCGAAGACCACGUGCGCCCGUGGAACGCCCUCUCGAAGCGCCAGGACUGCGUCGUGCUCAUUCUCGACAUGCUCUCGCUGGCUAUGCAUAAAGAAGAGCGCUUCCUGUCGCUUUUGCGCGAGAGCCGCCUUCAGGACCGCGCCGCCGAGCCGCUCGCCAGCCUUCUCUCGCGGUCGCCGGUGCACAUUGUCAAGGUGUGCAAGUACCUCCGGUACCCGCACGCACCGAUCGCGACGCUAGCGGUGCAGCUUCUUUCGCUGCUCAGCGGCAACAUUCCGUCGCCGUCGCGCCUCGUCGAGAUCUUUGUCGACGCCGGCGUCGACGGUGCAAUGAUCGACGGUGUCGUCGCGUCGCUGAUGGACCCCACGUCGUCGCUCAAGACGCCGCUCCUCGAUUUGCUCUUGGCCAACGUGCAAAAGCCGAUGCCGAACCUCGCGACGUUCCUCCUUGGGUGGCCGACGCCGGCGCUCAUGGCGGCAGCCCAAGGCGCGAAUGCCCUCGAUGCGAUUUUGCUCUUCCUCGACAAUGCGAGCUUGAUUUUGGCGGCGCCGACGCUCGCUGAAAAGUGCUACCGUCUUUUGCACGUGCUCUUGUCGUCGGCGACGACGCUGCCGCUGACGCUCCAGCGCCUCGGUCGCCCGACGCUCAACUGCUUCCUCUUCCGCCAGGCCCAGGACAUGCUGCCGCACCUCGUCGCGAGCCGCGUCGGUGCACAUCGGGACCAAUUGGCGCUCGUGCAGUGCCGCCGCUGGCUCCUCGAGAGCCUUGCUCUAUGGCUCUUCCAUGCCAAGUGCACGGAAGUCGCUUCAUGGCUCUGGACGCCGUCGGCGCCGCUGCUCAGUCUUUUGAACGCGACGCCAUUUUCGCUGGCGCCGCCGAGUCGCCCGUCGGACGCCCACAGCCUGGGUCUCGCUGAGCAGUGCACGCUCGAGAAGAACGGGCAGCUGCUCAUCGACAUUCCGGCCUUUUCAGCGCUCCUCGAACGCAGCGAGACGCUUGCGUGGACGCCGGUGGAGACGCGCGACAAGGCGAGCAACGUCGCAAACGUGCUGCAGUGGGCGCUGAGCUGGAACCGGUACUCGGAGCGCAUUGGUGCCGAAGCGCAAGCGCUUGGCGCGUGGCGCAAGCUCGUCGAAGUCGCCGUCUUGCAGUACGCGGCGCCGGUGGCCGCGCUGCACCGGACGCUCGAUGCGGUGUUUUCGACGCUGCAGACCCCGGGCCUUGUCGCGCACUUGGUCGAAUUGGCGGCAAAGGUGACGGUCGCGAUGAGCUUCCAGCUGCGCAGCGCGAUGGCAGACAAGGCGCCGCUGUCGGCGCCCCAGCGCCGACUUCUCCUCGAGCGCUGCACCAAGGCGAUCCAGUGCACGACGACGACCAGUGGCAACCCGGCCGCGGGCCGCCGCGCGCGCUCGAGCCUGUAUACGAGCUACCUUCACGUGCUGCGGUACCUUGAGGCGCAUGCAUCGAGCACCUCGGGUGGGCACUUGGACGUCUUGACGUCAUCGACGCCGAGUGCGACCGCGGUCACCGUCGACGCGCAGUUUGUGGCGCUCGUGUGCCGUGACGCGACCGACGUCACGGUGCCGCUCACGAUGGGUCUUGCGAUGAACAUUCUCGAAAGCUUGCCGUCGGCGAGCGUCUUGCCGUUGCUCCAGCACCAAGUGCCGCACCUCUGCGGUCUCUUCAAGAAUGACGUGCAAGCGUCGACGCUCGUGCUGCCGUCCGUGCUCUCGCUCUGGACGCAAAUGGCCGGCACGAAGGACGGAGCGCUGGCAUUGCUGCAAGGCGGCGCCUUGCGUGCACUCAUGACGGUGGACCUCCCGUCGCGGCCCGUCAAGCCCCACAACGGCCCGCUCGAUGCCUACUUGGCGGCGGACCAAGCCUUUUACGACCAGUGGCUGCCCGUGCUGCGUCUCUUGGCGGCGCUCGCGGCGUCGUUGCCGCAGCACACGGAGCUCAUGGAGCUCCUCGUGCAGUCGGUGGGCUUUCACUGGAAGCGCGUCGCUUCGAGCGUCAAGCUGCUCGAGGCGACGAUCUCGCUCAACCACGUGACGGAGCUCUCGCUCAUGACCUUUUUGCUCAAGACGCUUGCGGCGUUCCCGUCGCUGCUCGAGUCGGGGCUCGGCGCGGCCAAGGUGCACAAGCUCACGCAGCGUCUCUUGGCGCUGCUUCCGUUCUUUGGGCUCCACGUGCUCCAUGGCGGGUGGUGGACGACGCUGGCGCCGCGCACGCUCUCGGAGCAAGAGCGCAGCGAGAUUCUCGUCGAUGGCAAGUGGAGCCUCUUUGCGCAGAGUGCGUUGUAUGCGUCGCGCUUGACGCUGUGCCACACCAUGGCGUUCUGCCGCCUCCGCCUCCAAGGCGCCGAGAAGACGACGACGCUGUUUGCCAACGACGAGUGGAACGUGUGGAAGCGGCUGCUGGAGGCGUGGAAGGCUGCGCUCUUUGUCGAUGGGAAAGCAACGUGCGACGCGGCGUUUCACAAGGAGACGAUGGUGUUCCUCGUCGAGCACAUGGUCGCGCUUCUGACGCUGCAUGCGCUCCAGUACGAGAACGGCGCGCAGGCCAAGUCGAUCUUGACGCUCUUGGGCACGGAUUUCGAGAAUUAUGCGUUUGUGCACGUGCUGAGCCGCAAGCUGCGCGAAACCGACGACGCGCGUGUGGCCGACGCGAUUACUGCUCUCGGCGGCGUCGAUGGCCUCGCGGCCGCGCUCGACGUCCGCCUCGACGUCGGCCUGAAGUCGGCCCACACGAACGACCUGGCCCAGCGGACAGCUACGUUUGGCACCAACGAUUUGGUCGUGGACUUGCCGCUGACGCUUCUCGCCCGCAUGCGCAUGACGUUCGAGGACGUGACGCUGCGCAUUCUGUGUGGCGCGGGCGUCGUGUCGCUUUUGCUGGGCGGCGCCCAAGGCGCGGCCAACGACUGGAUCCAAGGCGCGUGGAUCCUUCUCGCCGUAUUUAGCAUCGUCCUCGUUACUGCGUACCAGGAGCACGCGAAAGACGCGCAGUUCCGCGCGCUCAACCGCGUCAAGCAAGACGAGCGCAUCAAGGUACUUCGGGAUGGCGGCCCCACUCUCGUGCGCAAGUUCCAGCUCGUUGUCGGCGACGUCGUGCGCCUGGAGGUCGGCGACAUCGUACCCGCCGACGGCCUCGUCUUCGCCAGCCAUGACCUCAAGCUCGACGAGAGCACAAUGACGGGCGAGUCGACAUACGUGACCAAGCAGAUCGUCCUCGCGGGCACGCAGGUCAUGGAAGGCGUCGGGAGCAUGCUCGUGCUCUGCGUCGGCGCGUCGACACAGGCCGGUAUGAUCGCUUCGCUCGUGGCCGGCAAGGCGCUCGCGACACCAUCGUCCUCGACAGAAAAAGAAACCAACUCGGACGGCUACCGCGCGAUCGAGACUCCGCGCGCCGCGGACGGCGUGGUAACUUCAAAGACAGUCUCAGAGCCAGCGUCGCCACUGCACGGCAAGCUCGACGCCGUCAUGUUGCUCCUCGGCAAGGUGAGCGUGGUCGUAGCGCUGCUUGUCUUUAUAGCGCUAGCAACGCGCUACUCGAUCACAACGUUCGCCGUCGACGAGCCCGAGUGGUCCCAGAAACACCUUCAAGAAUACCUGACGUUCUUCAUCCUCGGCGUCACGGUCCUUGUGGUGGGCAUUCCCGAAGGUCUCCCGCUUGCUGUCACAAUCGCCCUCUCCUACUCGAUCAAGAAGAUGCUCUUGGACAACAACCUCGUGCGCCACCUCGACGCGUGCGAGACCAUGGGGUCGGCGACUACGAUCUGCUCGGACAAGACGGGGACGCUCACAACCAACCGCAUGACGGUCGUCGAAAGCUACGUCGGCGGCACCGAAUUCUCGUCCUCGGCCGACCUCGGCGUUGCCUUGUCGCCGGUCGCCAUGGCGGCCCUCUGCGACGGCAUCUGCCUCAACUCGACGGCCGAGAUCCUCCCGCCGCUCAAAGAAGGCGGCAAGCCCGAGCACACGGGCAACAAGACCGAGUGCGCGCUCCUCCAGUUUGCCGCCGACAUGGGUGUCGCCUACGCCGACGUGCGCAAGGGCGGUGAGAUUGGCCACAUGAUUACGUUCAGCUCGGCCAAGAAGCGCAUGUCGGUGGUUGUCCGCGUCUCGGCGACGACGUGCCGUGUGUUUACCAAGGGCGCGAGUGAGAUUGUGCUGGAGCUUUGCACGUCGCAGCAGCGCCUCGACGGCUCGACGAUCCCGAUGGAGAGUCACAUGAAGAGCCACAUUCUGAGCAACGUGAUUGAAAAGUACGCUGGCCAGGCGUACCGGACGCUCUGCCUGGCGUACCGUGACAUUGACGCGUCGAUGGACGACAUCAAGAGCUGGUCGGACGACGAGAUCGAGCGCGACCUCACGUGCGUGGCCAUUGUCGGCAUCGAAGACCCGGUCCGCGACGAAGUGCCGGGCGCGAUCCGCCAGUGCAACGACGCCGGCAUCGUCGUGCGCAUGGUGACCGGCGACAACAUUGCGACGGCCAAGUCGAUCGCGCUCAAGUGCGGCAUCCUCUCGCCCAACGACGGGUCGCUGGUCAUGGAAGGCACCGAGUUCCGUCGCCGCGUCUUGGACUCGAACGGCAACAUCAUCCAGAGCGAGUUUGACAAGAUCUGGCCCAUGCUCCGCGUGCUCGCGCGGUCGAGCCCGAAGGACAAGUACACGCUCGUGUCGGGUCUGAUUGCGUCCAACGUGUACCCGCACGGUCCGCAGGUCGUGGCGGUGACGGGCGACGGCACCAACGACGCGCCGGCGCUCAAGAAGGCGGACGUCGGUUUUGCGAUGGGCAUUUGCGGCACGGCGGUCGCCAAGGACGCGUCCGAUAUCAUCUUGAUGGACGACAACUUCAAGUCGAUUGUCAACGCAGUCAAGUGGGGUCGCAACGUGUACGACUCGAUCUCCAAGUUUCUCCAGUUCCAGCUUACCGUGAUUUUGACGGCGGUGGCGCUCACAGUCUUCGGCUCUCUCUUUCUGGCGAAGACGCCGCUGACGGCGAUUCAAAUGCUGUGGUUCAACCUCAUCAUGGACCUGUUUGCAUCGCUUGCACUUGCAACAGAGAAGCCGACCGACGCGCUGCUCGAGCGCAAGCCAUACCCGCGCACCAAGCCGCUCAUCUCGAAAACGAUGGCCAAGCACAUUGUCGGUCAAAGCCUCUUUCAAGUGUGCUUACUUCUGCUGCUUGUCUUCUAUGGCGACGAGCUUCUGGACGUGCCGUCCGGUCGUGACGCACCGAUGCCAACAAAGCACUACACGAUGGUCUUUGCCACGUUUGUGUUUCUCCAAAUCUUCAACGAAAUCAACGCGCGCAAGCUUCGCGACGAGUGCAAUGUGUUUACGGGCGUCGGGGCCAACCACGCAUUUCUUGCUUUGUUCCUGCUCCAGUUUAUCAUACAAGUGAUUGUCACGCAGUUUGGCGGCGUCGCGUUUAGCUGCGAGCCGCUGACGUCGACACAGCUGAUGCUCGCUCUCGGCCUUGGUGCGCUCUCGUUGCCUGUGGGUCUCUGCCUCCGCCUCGUACCAGUUCUGCGCUAAGCUCUUAAGAGAAAGGUCGUCGGUGGUAUAUUGUGCAG